AUGAACGAAGAGGAAGCUGUACUGGUUGCUACAUGCUCAGCUGUCGCACAGGUUGCAGUCCUCCUAUCAGAAGAAUCCGACGAUGCGCCGCAAGGCCCUAAGGAACAGAUUCGUACCGUGACCUCACUGCACUUUGAGCCCAUGCUACAGUCAGCCGCGUAUGCAAGUUGGUUUGAAGUAGGCAUGGGCAGAUUUGAAAUUCUAGCUUCGUGA